AUGUUGGAAUUGAAAGUAAGUCGUUGUUGUGAAUUAAAUAAUGAACAACAAUUAUCAGCCAUCUUCUUCAUUGGUAAAAAUUGUAAUAAUAAUGAAUAUAUCGCUGCUGUUAUUAUCAACGAUACUCUUAGUACAUCGUAUACCGCGACUUAUGACCAGAAAACUUGGGAGUCACUACGUGAAGAGAGUGAAUUCGGCACAGAUGAAGAGUUUAUCGCCGAACUUGCUGAUCAGAACAAUUCAUUAAAUAUGGAACGUUCAGAGUAUGUACAGGUAAAAUGGAUUCGACCGGAUCAAGAUGGUCUGACGUUUGAGUUCUGCACAUUGACUCUAAAUCUAGAUUCAACUUGGAUAUAUGAUAUUGUGGAUGCGCUUUUGAAGGAGCGAAAUAUUCAUCACGAUAAUGCAAUUAAAGGAGAUACUAUUAUUGCUGGUAUGGAAAGGAGAUUGGAAUUGCUCGGAAAGAAAGUUGAAGAAAUGGAUGAUUAUCGCCGAAAUUUAUCCAAUACCUUGAUUUCAAAAUUUGUCGCUAUCCAAAAUGAAAAGACCAAUUCAUGA